AUGGAGGUCAUAAGAAGAGCAAGAGGAAUUGAUGAUGGCGUGGAUGCUGUCAAAGAAGCUGCAAGGGCUUGGUACUUGCAUCGAUCCGGGUCGGAGCAAAAGCCUACUCAUGAAUAUUGCGAGACGGCCUGGAGUCCAAGUCCCAAACCUAAACCGUCUCGUUACAAGCUUGAAGCCACGAAGAUGGCCAAAUCUGAACCUGAUGCCACCGAGGCUCAGAGACAUGAUCGAGGAAUUCGUAAGGAGAAUUCUCUGCUCGACUCAUAUGAAAUAGAAACUAUAUGCAGGCAAUUGGACCAGUUCAUAGAAUACUGUCGGCAUGAAAAGGAUGGUAAUUCUAGAGCAAGAGCUCAUCAUCAUCAUCAGAAAAAUAAAAGUAAAGAGGGCAGCAAAUUAGGGAGGAAAGUGAAGGUGCUUUGGCAGAGGCAUGCGUUGAUGUGCGGGGCUCCUGAAGAUGUGAUCAAAUCGAUCGCUCUCAAGACUCGCGGAGUGUCACAAGCCAGCUUCACCUCGUCGUCCUAG